GUCUGCAGUCACUGUAUGACGGGGUACCGCCAAUACCCGGGGUACUACUGCCAAGCGCACCAAAGGUCGGUAAACAGUUCACUCACCAAGCUCCAGCCCCGACUCAAGGCGCACCUGUACAUCUCCACGUCGUGUCAGCCUAAGUUGCCGGCACGGCGUUAUAAACAAACUGAGUACAAAGUUCCAGUCCCACACCAGGCCUCACAGGGGCCGUCACUCUCACAGUCGGUGUCCGGAGUGAUCGCCCGUAGUGUCAACACUCGGGGCUGCAGCAGCACAGUGCAAUGGUUUCUUUGCGAGAACUUCGGGAGGAAAUCGAGGAGGGACUUAGAGAAAGAAAGGAUGCUCACUGGCAUUUGAACCGCCGCCAGCAAGACUUUAUAGCAGCCAUCACAUUACGCAACAUAAACAAAGUCCGGCAGCUCCUUGAGAAUGGAAUAAAUCCCAACUUCAGAGAUGGUAGUGGGAAUUUUCCAGUACAUAUUGUCUGUGAUCUUCCAUUCACAGGCGAGGAUACCAUAACCCCAGCUUUGUUGGAGUUACUUCUCUUUAUGGGAGCUGAUUUGCAGGCACAGGACCGGUUUGGACGUGUGCCACUGCAUCUAGCUGUAGCCAAAUCUCCAGCACUUGUCACCACAUUACUGGACAAAGGCUGCAGCAUUAACGCUCAAGACAAUGGGGGUGCCACAGCUCUGAUGGCAGCAUGUGGUAGCAACUGUGGAAGCUGUACAGCAGAUGUGGUGGAGAUACUGAUUGGUCAUGGCUGUAAUGUUCACAUACAGGAUAAGGAGGGCAACACAGCACUUCACUAUAUCUGUAAAAAUGCAUCGCUGUCAACUCAAACACGAGACAGAGUUGUUUGGAGUCUUUUGCAUGCAGGUGCUUCAGCAACGACCUGUCGACAUGAUGGCCGGAUGCCACUGUGUCUAGAAUUGGAUUCUUUGUUCCGCAUGGCCCCACAGCGAUUAGCCUCUGCUAGCCUAACCUUAGUGCGUACGCUGCUUUGUGCCGGAGCCAAUAUUCACCCACGAUCUCGCCUGCAGAAACAGUGGGCACGGCAGACAGCUGUAGUCGCCAAUCCACAGGCAUUAUGCAAAGUGCUUUGCCUGGCUGCUCCGGUUCUUGCUCCUCACCAGGUGCGCUUCCUUUACCAGGUGUGGGUCUCAGCUGUCGGCCUUAUCACACCUGAUGAUUUUGUCAUAGACAGUGCCCAGCUGGAGAUUCAGCUGCAGCUGCAGUCAUUAUCUUGCACUGUGCCAUCACUUCGAUGUCUGUGCCGUCAUUCUAUCCGUGCAUACCUGCGGGGGAAAAUGGUGUGUCGUGUGCCUCUACUUCCAUUGCCCACAGCACUGCAAGAGUUUCUGUUAAGUUUGGACGAGAGGUAGCCCAUAAAACUUUAAUCAGGUGUGGCUUUUUGCGAUAAUGUACCAAGACAGAAUAUUAAAUAUUAUGGUGUUUGUAAUCACCCCUAGUCUAAGCCCCCUCCUCCCCAGCUAUAACCACCUGCUUGUGUCGUAAAAUGUUAAUACCUGCAUCCUACGCCUGUAAUAUUAUCCUGCUCUAACCAUGUCCUUCUCUACUACAUGGAUGCUUGUUGUGGAGAACCAGCCAGGAGACAGGUAGCUGUAAACAGCAACUCCGCCAGUCUUUGCUGGCAUGCUAAACACCGCUCAUUCUAUCUUUUGGGUGAACUGGAAUGAUGGGAGUCGCGUGGAAUGUUCUUUCAAGCAAUAAUCAAUCCACGACCUGGGAGUCGUCUACUAAAUUCAAUUUUUUUGUCUAUAUUUAUAUUUUUUUCAAAUUUUUCUUUUAAAAUACUCUUAUAUUAUCUUAAGCAAGUUUUUAAGUAAUGUUCCUGAUAGUGAAAGAUGUUUAGUACUACUGUCUCACAAGAAGAAACUACAGAAGAAAUUUUAUAAUAGGUUGGAGGGAGCAGAAAAGCAGCUAACAGUUGCAAAUAAAUUUAAAACUUGUACUAUUA